AAGCCUCUUAGGAAAGGUUCUUUAAAUAACACCUUUUUUGCAGUUUACCACCUUUUGACUGAGUGUAGCGUGAGAUUGACGAGCACAGGAUGAUUAACCCUAGACAUCUAACCUUCGUCGAUUCGACGAGUACAAGAAAGAAUAUUCGUUUCCUCUCUUGCCCGCGAGGUUUGAUCAUCCCAACGUUGCUUGUCAACUCAGUGUUCGCUGAGCUUUUCUGAGAGGCACACGUGUUUGGUGGUUUUAAUCAUGUCUUCAAGGCGAUUGCUGUGUGUGGAAAGUAUAAUGCGUUUAUUAAUGGACGAGGACGAUGACGGGGCAUUGGAGGAGUUAUCCGAUAGCGAAACUGAAGACACUGAAUUGGUGGAUAAUGUUGAAGGUGAUAAUCAGUCAGAAGAGUCGUCAUUACUUUCGGGCGAUGAAGACAUUCAUGAGGGGGUUUCUGGUGCUUUGAUGGAUGAUGUGCCGGGACUUGCAACACCUUCUGCUUCAAACGAAUUAAGCUCAGGUAACGAUCCUAGUAUUUUGGCAUUCUCAAGCAGCACUAUCCGCAGUCGGUCCCGUCAUGUUUGGGUUACGCGCAAAGGGCGAACUUCGAAUAGAACUGCAGCAAUAAAUAUAGUACGUGGAGCCAGGGGGCCAACUCGCGCAGUAAAGGAUAUUGUCGACCCGCUAAUGUUAUUUGAACAAUUUAUAACAAAUCAGAUAGUAGACGAGAUUUUAAAAUGGACAAACUUAGAGAUUGAGAUGAAAAGACAGAACUAUGAGUCAAUAUCAUCUACGCAAAAAAACACUAGCAAAGAGGAGAUCAGAGCCCUGUUGGGAAUUAUGGUGUUAACUGCAGCAUUGAAAGACAACCAUUUGACGUUGACCCUUGAUGAAUUGUUCAGUUCAGAGUAUUGUGGUACAAGAUAUGUAUCUUGUAUGAGCAAAGACAGGUGCGAAUUCCUUCUUCUAUGUCUACGUUUUGAUGAUAGAGCAGUUCGCUUACAACGGCAAAUAAACGAUCCUUUUACCCCCAUAAGAGAUAUAUGGGAAAUGCUUAUUGUCCAGUGCCGCCAAAACUACGUUCCCAGAACAAAUGUUACUGUUGAAGAGCAGCUACUGGCUUUCCGCGGCAGGUGCAAGUUCAGAAUGUAUAUACCAAAUAAACCCGACAAGUAUGGGGUCAAGUUAAAAAUGAUGUGUGUUCCAUAUCUCGGAAAAGUAACCAAUACAGGAGGGAUGCCUUUUGGAGAGUACUUCGUAAAGGAACUUACUCGUUGUAUUCAUGGCACGAACAGAAACGUUACCAUGGACAAUUGGUUUACCUCAAUACCACUAGCAAAGCAAUUACUUCAGCAGCCUUAUAAGCUGAUAAUUCUAGGAACAUUACGUUCUAAUAAAAGGGAAAUUCCAGAAGAAAUGAAGAACAAGAAAAAGAGUAACAGGAAUAAUCAAACCACCGAAGUCAAUGCAUCCAGAAAGGUGAAUACAUCGAUGUUCGUGUAUGAUGGACCCCUUACACUUCUUUCCUUCAUACCUAAACCAUCAAAAAUGGUUUACAUGCUUUCCUCUUGUGAUGAGGAAGCCUCAGUUAAUCCAGAUAAUAAAAAACCACGCAUGAUAGAGUUCUACAAUUCUACAAAAGGUGGUGUUGACACAUUUGAUCAAAUGUGCUCUGUAAUGUCAUGGAGCAGAGAAACCAAUCGAUGGCCAAUGUGCGUUUUCUAUGGAAUGAUGAAUGUAGCAUGCAUCAACAGCUACAUACUUUAUUGCCACAAUGUCUCGGUACAGGGUGAAAAAAUACUGCCUAGGCGUGAUUUUAUGAUGAAGCUGCAUUCGCAACUUGUAGAACCUUGGCUGAAAAUCCGACAUGAAAUUCGUACCAUGCCGACCCACACCAAAAACAAAAUAACAGAGAUAUUAUUUCCCAAUAAUGAUGAAAAUCAAGGUUAA